AUGGCCUUGGCUCUUCCUAAUUUGCAACUUCAAGGCACAAUUACCCCGUCUUUAACCAAUUUGUCCUUCCUCAGUAUUCUCAAUCUCCAGAACAACAGCUUCCACGGUGGCAUCCCUUAUGGACUUGGCCACAUGCCUCGCUUGCGAGUCAUUGACGUUAAAAACAAUCAGCUCAACGGAAGUAUACCAACAAGUCUAUUUCAAAACCGGAGAGUUCAAGUAAUUUCAUUGGCUUUCAAUGAACUCAGUGGUGAAAUGUGGAGAGGCCCAUGGUAUGUACCCGAACUCAGAGUCUUAGAUCUCGGGAACAAUAGCCUCACCGGUAUAGUCCCUCCUUCUGUUGGAAAUGCCACAAAAAUGAUGAACUUCAGUAUGUCUGGGAAUAGAGUCAGCGGCAACAUUCCAAAGGAGAUCGGUAAUCUGAGCCAACUUACAGACUUGUCCUUGACUGAUAAUCAAUUAAUAGGUUCCAUUCCCGCAGAACUGUUUAAUAUCUCGUCGCUACUUGCCAUACAUCUGCGAUACAAUAGCCUUUCCGGCCCUCUCUUGCUAGAUGAAGGGAAUAUUGUGUCAAAUCUCAAAUAUCUAAUUAUAUCUCACAACCAAAUUUCUGGUUGCAUUCCUUCCAACAUAUGCCAACUCACAAAGAUCAAAGUUUUGUCCAUAUAUUUCAACAACAUAACUGGAGACAUACCCAGAAAUAUUGGUUGUUUAUCCAAACUUGAGAUGUUUCUUAUUGGUGAAAAUCCAAUAAAAGGGAAUAUUCCCACUUCGUUGGGAAAUAUUUCCACUCUGCAAUAUAUUUAUUGUGGAAACAAUCGCAUAGUGGGGCAAAUUCCUCCGGAAUUAGGGAAGCUAUCAAAUUUGAGGGAAUUAAGCUUUGCCCAAAAUUCUAAUCUUGUUGGUCAAAUUCCAGAGGCUUUUUUCAACAUAUCUUCUUUGGAAAUUACUGAUUUCAGUUUCAAUAACCUCUCAGGUCUUCCAACCACUACAGGUCUUCAUCUUCCAAACCUUAAACAGCUUGUCUUGGGAGGUAAUCAGCUUGAAGGGGAAAUUCCAGCAUUCAUAACAAAUGCUUCCAAGCUUCAGAUACUGGAGCUAAGUGAUAACUUUCUGACAGGAACUAUUCCUAACAAUUUGGGGAAUCUUCGUGAGCUGCAAGAACUAUACCUACAUCAUAAUCAACUUACCAAUGAACCCAGGGAGCGUGAGUUGUUAUUUUUCUAUUCUUUGGCAAACUGUAGGGUGUUGAAAUAUCUACAAGUCGGUAACAAUCUGUUGAAUGGCAUUCUGCUCAAUUCUAUUGGGAAUCUUUCAUCUACUAUCGAAAGUUUGUAUAUAGGAUACGCACACAUCAGAGGCCUCAUCCCCAUAAGCAUAGGCAACAUGAGUGGUCUUACAUCCCUAGACAUUGAAGGAAACAACUUUAUGGGAAGUAUUCCUCCUGAGAUUGGUAAGCUUAAACAACUCCAAGGGUUGUAUCUAAAUAACAAUAAAUUGCAGGGACAUAUUCCAGAGACGGUAUGCCAUUUAUCUAAUUUGGUUCAAUUAUAUCUACAUACUAAUGAGCUCUCUGGAUCAAUUCCGGAAUGCUUAGGAAAUCUUAGCAUGCUACAAGAGCUUUAUUUGAGUUAUAAUAAAUUUUCAUCAAAAUUUCCGUUGAGCCUUUGGAAGUUGAGUGGUCUUCUCUAUCUAAGUUUGUCACAAAAUUCAAUAGAGGGAGAAGUUCCAUCAGAUAUUGGAGGACUUAAAGCCAUUGUAGAACUAUAUCUUUCCAGUAACCACUUUUCAGGAAUGAUACCAAGCACAUUCGGGGAACUCCAAAGCCUGCAGUAUCUUGACCUAUCAAACAAUUCAUUUUUUGGCAAAAUUCCAUUAUCAUUUGCCAACUUGAUAAGCUUGGAAUUCUUGAAUUUGUCUUUAAAUGCAUUGUCAGGUAAUAUUCCUAAGUCAUUGGAAAAACUCUCCUACCUUAAAAGCAUUAAUGUUUCAUUCAACGAUUUAGAAGGUGAAAUACCGAGUGGUGGUGUGUUUGCAAAUUCCACUCUGCAAUCAUUUCUCGGGAACAAAGGUCUUUGCGGAAUGCACAUAUUGGAGAUUCCUGCUUGUGCUAUCACUAAUCCUGGAAAACAAUCAAAGCUCAAGGAGGUUUUACUAGAAAUUGUUACUCCAGUGGUUACUUCAUCCUUUCUGAUAUUCUUGUUGGUUUCAGUUUGGAUAAUGAAACGACAGAAGAAAGGGAAGUCCAAAGAUGUUGAAAAGCUAUGGCAGUUGAAUAUCUACAUCAUGGUCAUGUCACUCCAAUAG